AUGAAGUUUAAUCCAAGAGUGACCUCGUCGCGAAGGAAGAACCGUAAGGCGCAUUUCACAGCGCCGUCGAGUGAGAGAAGAGUGAUAAUGAGCGCACCGCUCUCCGCGGAACUACGUCAAAAGUACAACGUCCGAUCGAUUCCGGUGAGAAAAGACGACGAGGUACAGGUGGUUCGCGGAUCUUUCAAAGGACGUGAGGGCAAGAUCGUGCAAGUGUACCGUCGGAAAUGGGUGAUCCACGUGGAUAAAAUCACGAGAGAGAAAGUUAACGGAACGACGGUGAACGUUGGUGUGAAUGCGUCGAAGGUUGUGAUCACGAAACUGAAACUUGACAAGGAUCGUAAGUCGUUGCUUGAGAGGAAAGCGAAGGGACGUGAUGUUGCUGAUAAGGAGAAAGGAACGAAGUUUACGUCUGAAGAUGUCAUGCAGAAUGUUGAUUAA